GGCGGGGGACUUCUGCACGGCGCCCCGCAGUAGGUAGGAGGCAAAGCAGCGCGCGCCCACUGUAGCAGCGGCAAAGAUGCGAGCCAUCCAGGUGACGCUGCUGGCCUGCGCGCUCUCCGGCCUGCACGCUGCCAACUUCCUGGCCUUCUUCCCGAUGCACAGCCGCAGCCACUGGGGCCUCGGACAGUCGUACCUGAAGGCGCUGCACGCCAGGGGCCACAGCAUCACCGUCGUCACCUCCUACCAGAGCGACGGCCACACCGAGAACUGGCGCGAAGUGGUCGUUCCCGAUACGACGGGCACUUUCCGCUCAGGUACCAGUGCUGCUAAAAUGAAUAUGUUUCAGAUGUCUAUGGGGAACCCAUUUUUGAUGCUGUACUUCCUCUUAAACUUUGCCAGGGGUUCAUGUGAAAUUUUGCUCAAAGAUGAAGGAAUCCAGAAACUUUACAAAUCAGAUGAGAAAUUUGAUGCUGUUAUCACCGAAGACUUUUACCAAGAAUGUUUUCAUGUAUUUGCACACAAGUUUAAGGCACCUCUGAUCCAGGUUAUUCCUUAUGAAGGAUCUCAGUGGGCUGGAGACAAGAUGGGAAAUCCAUCAAAUAUUGCAUACAUCCCAGAUCCUCUCUUAGCCUACUCUGACCACAUGGAUUUUUUACAGCGGCUAUUGAAUGCUGCAUACGGAACAUUGGGAAGGCUCCUUCAAUAUUGGUACAUUCUACCAGCUCUUGAUGCCAUAGUUCAGAAGAACCUCAAUGACUCAACAAUUCCUAGCCUGGCUGCCUUGGAAAGACAAACAUCACUGAUGCUCUUUAAUACACAUGUGAGCAUUAGUUAUCCAAGACCCCUACUGCCAAACAUGAUAAUGGUUGGUGGUAUGCAUAUAAAGGAACCGAAGCAACUUCCAGAGGAUUUGCAGAAGUACCUUGAUGGAGCAAAAGAAGGGGUGAUAUAUUUCAGUAUGGGGUCAAAUCUAAAAAGUGCUGACAUGCCAGAAGAGAGAAGAGCAGCUUUUCUAGCAGCAUUCUCAAAACUGAGGCAGAAAGUUCUCUGGAAGUGGGAGGAUGAUAGUUUACCCAACAAGCCACCAAAUGUGAUGAUUAGUAAAUGGUUGCCACAGGCAGAUAUUCUUGCUCACAAGAAUGUAAAACUGUUUAUCACACAUGGAGGACUGCAUAGCACUUUGGAGGCAUUACAUCAUGGAGUCCCUUUAAUUGCUAUUCCAAUUUUUGGAGACCAGUCACUUAAUGCAAAUCGUGCAAGAAAUGCAGGAUAUGCUGUAAAACUUGAUUUUGCAAAUGUUACCACAGACUCACUGCAAUGGGCACUAACAGAAAUUUUAGAAAACCCAAGGUACACGGAGAAGGCAAAAUUUUUGUCAAAACUUUUCAGAGACAGACCAAGGCCUCCAAUGGAAGAGGCUAUAUACUGGACAGAGUAUGUCAUUAGGCACAAAGGUGCUCCUCACAUGAGGUCUGCAGCUCUGGAUCUGACAUGGUACCAAUAUCUGCUACUAGAUGUCAUUGCUGUGGUGUUGUUGGCUGUGGUUGCAGUGAUUUUUGUAGCUGUGUUCCUAAUUAGGACAGUGUUAAGACUUGUAUGUGGCAAAAGUACAAAAGUGAAAAGUGGAGGGAAAAAGAAAGGUGUGAAAAGGGACUGAAUUUACAUUACAUUUAUUUCUGUGCAGCACAGAAUAACAUGUAAAUAGAAAAUAUUAAAGACAGCCUACCUCUAAUUUAA